AUGUCGUCGAGACGAACGAUUUUGAUUGCCAUUUUGGCCCGUUACGAAGAGUUUCUUCAAAACUACCAGCCCGAUAGGGAUUCUAUCGAGGUGGAAACUCGUACGGCCAAAUUUGACCAAAUAUGCAAGGAUUUGGAGAGCCUUCAACAGCAGCUGGAGGACAGUGCAACCGCUGCUGAAGAGAUGACACACAAUGCCGCCCUUAGGGAGGAUUUUGAACGGCGCUUGAUUCGCGUUCAAUCGGCAUUGAAAGCGAAAUAUAGAGAAAUUCCGCGCAGCGAAGUGUUGCAGCAAGGAGCCGUAGACAAGGUGAUCGCUGAUCUGCCGGCGCAUGAUGUUUCCACUCGCGGCUGGAACAUUCCUUCGGAAUUUGUUUUGGCUGACCCGCAGUUCGAUAAAUCAGCCCCGAUUGAUCUCAUCCUUGGUGCCCGUCAUUACGCUUCCUUCUUUACGAACGUAAAAUCGCACGAGCUUGCUCCGAACCUUCCAACUAUGCUGAACAGCGUGUUUGGGUGGGUCAUGAUUGGUCCCACCUCUCCUCAGAAUCCUGCAUCUCCGACCGAUUGCACCGCCGCGUCCACAAUCGUCUGCAUGGCAUCCCUGGAGGAGUCUCUCGAACGCUUUUGGAAGCUGGAAGAGUUAAGCGUCAAUGAUUCGUACUCACCUGAUGAGCGGCGAUGCGAAACAUUGUAUAAAGAAACCACUCAGCGCGACGAGUCGGGUCGCUAUAUUGUACGAUUGCCCAAACAGACCGACUUCACGGAAAAGCUUGGCCUGUCUAAAACUACCGCUUUGAGACGCUUCGAGCUGCUGGAGAGGAGGCUAGAACGCAACCCACAGCUCAAGGAAGACUAUCAUGCCUUCAUGAAGGAGUAUUUGGAGCUGGGGCACAUGUCGCUCAUGACCAAAAUAGUGGGGAUGAACGGGCGUACUACCUACCCAGAUGGUGAAGGGACUGAGUAUGCGCUUGCACGUGCAGCCCUGAAACGAAACUUUUACGUGGACGACUUCAUUGGUGGUGCCAAUAACGUUCGCGAAGCUGUUCAGCUGCGUAUGGAGUUAUCAGCGCUACUUGCCAAAGCACCGAGUAUAUCGGCACAUACUCAUCCCUCAUUACCCAACGAGACGAUCAAAGCACUCGGCAUCUCGUGGAAGCCUGAAUCGGAUGAGCUGUGUUUUGAAUCCAACACUGAGGCUGAUGAAGCCACGUCCACCAAGCGAUCUAUUUUGUCGAGCAUUGCCAAAAUGUACGAUCCGCUCGGAUUGAUAGCACCGAUGAUCGUGCGUACUAAGAUGCUGAUGCAGGAGCUAUGGCUACUCAAAUCCGGCUGGGAUGAACCUGUUCCUAAUCACAUCUGUAAAAAAUGGAAGGCGAUUCAGAGCGACUGGAAAACGUUAUCCGAGUACAGGACUAACCGUUACGCUCUCUUACCAGAUGCAACAGUAGAAUUUCACACAUUUACCGAUGCUUCGGAGGCCGCCUACGGAGCAUGUGUCUACGCUCGUUGUGAAAACGCGGCGGGAGAAGUCCGCAUCAGCCUAUUAGCUCCGAAGUCUCGAGUGGCACCACUGAAGCGCGUCACGUUGCCGAGGUUUGAACUAAGCGCAACUGUCCUGGGCGCCCAUCUGCAUCAUCGCGUCAAGGAGGCAAUGCAGAUCGUGUGCGCCGAAUCGUUUUUCUGGUCCGACUCAACAUUGACGCUAAAAUGGAUUGCGUCACCUCCCAACUCCUGGAAGACGUUCGUGGCAAAUCGAGUAGCUGAGGUGCAACACUACUCUCAUCCAAGGCAAUGGAGGCACGUUCCUGGCACAUCCAAUCCUGCUGACUUGGUUUCCCGAGGCAUGUCGGCAGCACACUUCACGCAGAAUCAGCUUUGGAAUAACGGUCCAGAUUGGCUUGUGCAACCUUCGUCCCAUUGGCCCAGCUCAGAUCCAGAACCAAGCGAUGAGGCGGACCUAGAAACACGCCAGAAGGCGCGAUCCCAGCGACCGAUACCGCACACCAAUGCAUCUAAGACGAUCACGCCCGAGUACGUGGAUGCUGCAAAAACUGUGCUUUGCAUAAUAGCCCAGCAUGAUGCAUUUUCCGCGGAAAUCAAGCAGCUAAAAAAGGGAGAAGCAUUGAUGAAACAAUCACCUUUACGAAAACUUACCCCAUUCCUGGAUACAGAGGAAGUAAUACGGGUGGGAGGACGAUUGAACUUGUCGCAACUACCGUAUCAGUCCAAGCAUCCAGCUGUUCUACCGAAGAACCACAAAUUCACCCGUCUGCUUGCGGAAGAUUACCACGAAGAGCUGAAACAUACUAGUGGAAGGCUAUUGCUAUCUCGCAUUAGAGAGCUGUAUUGGCCACUGGACGGACGUCGCUUGGUGAAAACCAUCUCAAGGAACUGCUUCCGCUGUGUUCGGCAAGAUCCCGCACUCGCACGGCAGCCGGUUGGCCAGCUUCCACCAUCCCGCAUCACACCGAGCCGACCGUUUUCUGUAACCGGAGUGGACUACGCCGGAGACCUCACAACGGCGGGAUUCUUAGCAGCGCUACGCCGAUUCACAUCACGACGCGGAUUGCCAGCCCACAUCCAUUCUGAUAAUGGGAAAAACUUCGAAGGCGCAGAACGUGAACUGAAGGAGCUUUUUGAGCUGUUCAACGACGAACAACACCGCAACACCGUGGCUACCAGAUGCGCUGACCGGAGAAUCACUUGGCAUUUCAACCCACCAAAGGCUCCACACUUCGGCGGAUUAUGGGAAGCAGCAGUAAAGACGGCGAAGCGACACCUCUAUCGUCACCUGAGCAAUACGCGGCUGUCGUACGAAGGCUACUGCACUGUGCUCCACCAAAUCGAAGCAGCGAUGAAUUCCCGUCCGCUGUUGCCUUUGUCCGACGAUCCUAACGAGCUAGCUGCACUCACACCGGCACACUUCCUUAUUGGCACAUCGAUGUUCGCCGUGCCUGAACCGGACUACACCCAGCUGAAAUUCUGCACGCUAGACGAUCUUCAGAAGUGGCAGCUUUUGGUUCAGCGUUUUUGGAAGCAUUGGGCCACUGAGUAUCUACAAGAAAUGCCAAAAAGUUAUGCAAAUGGUGGCAGCAACAACAGCAACAUACUUCCCGGCAGCUGA